CGCCUCUUUCUUUAACCGUCCCGACAAAGAGAGAGAAAAAUACAUCUCCCAUGAGGCUUUGGGGCUAGAGCAACUGGAGGUAGACGGCAGGACACCCCGACGCCUGCCGGGAGUUGUAGUUCUCCUCGGCCGCGUCACUCCGGCUUCGCCCCCGGGUCUUCCCGGGGCCCACCGCGCUUUCUCCUCUGUGGACGUGGCGAGUGGCGCCCGCUACCCUCCCGGCGCUUGUUGGCCCCGCCCCGUGGGCGCUCUCGCGCGCUCAUUGGUCGGAGGGCGGGGCUAUGCGCCGCCAUAGGCGGGGCCUGACUGGAGAGCGGCCAAAUUGGGCAUAUUUGGGAGAACGCAGAGUGGAGUGUGCAGAGGGAAGCCAAACUGGAUAACGGGGAAUCGAUGAUGUGGCGACCAUCACUUCUGCUGUUUCUGUUGCUGCUGAGGCACGGGGCCCAGGGGAAGCCGUCCCCUGACUCUGGCCCUCAUGGCCAGGGGAGGGUGCACCAGGCGGCGCCCCUGAGCGAGGCCCCUCAUGAUGACGCCCACGGAGACUUCCAGUACGACCAUGAGGCUUUCCUGGGACGGGACGUGGCCAAGGAAUUCGACCAGCUCAGCCCAGAGGAAAGCCAGGCCCGUCUGGGGCGGAUCGUGGAUCGCAUGGACCGCGCCGGGGACGGCGACGGCUGGGUGUCGCUGGCCGAGCUUCGCGCGUGGAUCGCGCACACGCAGCAGCGGCACAUACGGGACUCGGUGAGCGCAGCCUGGGACACGUACGACCAGGACCGCGAUGGGCGUGUGAGUUGGGAGGAGCUGCGCAACGCCACCUAUGGCUACUACGCGCCCGGUGAAGAGUUUCACGACGUGGAGGAUGCAGAGACCUACAAGAAGAUGCUGGCUCGGGAUGAGCGGCGUUUCCGGGUGGCCGACCAGGACGGGGACUCGAUGGCCACCCGGGAGGAGCUGACGGCCUUCCUGCACCCUGAGGAGUUCCCCCACAUGCGGGACAUUGUGAUCGCCGAAACCCUGGAGGACUUAGACAAGAACAGAGAUGGCUACGUCCAAGUGGAGGAGUACAUCGCGGAUCUGUACUCUGCGGAGCCUGGUGGGGAGGAGCCGGCCUGGGUGCAGACUGAGCGGCAGCAGUUCCGGGACUUCCGGGAUCUGAACAAGGACGGGAGGCUGGACGGGAAAGAGGUUGGCCACUGGGUGCUGCCCCCCUCCCAGGACCAGCCCCUGGUGGAGGCCAACCACCUGCUACAGGAGAGCGACACGGACAAGGAUGGGCGUCUGAGCAAAGCUGAGAUCUUGGGCAACUGGAACAUGUUCGUGGGCAGCCAGGCCACCAACUACGGCGAGGACCUGACACGACACCACGAUGAGCUCUGAGCCCCAGUGUGCCAGUUACAGCCUUGUAACCCACAGGAUAACCCAAGGAGGGGCCACAGUAGCCAGGCCCCUCCCUGUCCCAGCCCUGUAGGAUGGGGACGCAGCCCCAGACGUUUCCCUGCCCCUGGGCUCUCAGGGACCACCUGGGGCAGCUUCUCUCCCUGAGACACUCCAGCCCCCCCCACCCUGCCCCGGGGGCUCUCACAGCCCGGGGAGGGUGACACCCAUUUCUCACUGGCAGAAGAAUCUCCCAGCCCAGACCCAGGGACCUUUGCCCCGUGCUCAGCCCCUAGGAGCCUCCACUAAUGCCCCAGCUCCAGAUCUGAGCCCAAGCCACACACUGAGAAAGUCCCAGCCCGGCCACCGGCCCGCCCGAGCCCGCCUCCCCUCUGCCAGGGAGGCAAUAAACCCAGCACUGGGCCUCUC